UGAUUACAGAUGGGCAUUGGAGUUUUCUCAAUUUGAGUUGGCAUAAUCGCCCUCAUUUUCUUGCUUCUUGUGUUUCUUUUUUGCCCUUUUUUAAGUAGAAUAGAAUACUUGCACCUCCCUCUCCCUGCUCUUGUUCUUUAUUUUAUUUCAUUGUGUUCUGUAUGCUCUACUUCUUUAAUCUUUUAUUAAAUCAUAGCUAUUUUUCUCCUCUCCACUAUUAGCUAAAAAGAUCUUGUUUUUCUCACUCAUUCUUCUUUAAAAGCACAAACUUUCAAUUUGUUGUCUUCCUGAGUGUUUUUGUGAGUCCAAAAUGGCGAAUGCAUCAGGCUUGUUCACACCUUCUGUUCCCAGUUUCAGAAGCGGGCUUCAGCCUUCAAUAAGGGUAUAUCGAUCUGGGUUUUCUUUCUCUAAAAAGAUACUGUGCUCCACCACCAUUCAAGGUUCUGAGAACACUGUCUCUCCUUCUGAAUCUAGACCACCCAGGCUUGUCAGUAAAGGCUGCAAGUUAGUUGGUUGUGGCUCGGCAGUGCCCAGUCUUCAGGUUUCCAAUGAUGAUCUUGCAAAAAUAGUUGAAACAUCUGAUGAAUGGAUUUCUGUUCGAACCGGGAUCCACAAUCGACGGGUUCUAUCAGGCAAAGAAAGCUUAACUAAUCUUGCUGCUGAGGCAGCAAGCAGAGCUCUUGAGAUGGCAGAGGUCGAUCCUGAUGAUGUUGACCUAGUCUUGCUGUGCACAUCCACUCCAGAGGACCUUUUUGGCGGUGCUCCUCAGAUCCCAAAGGCACUUGGCUGCAAAAACAAUCCUUUGGCUUAUGAUAUUACAGCUGCAUGUAGUGGAUUCGUGUUGGGUCUUGUAUCAGCUUCUUGUUACAUUAGGGGAGGUGGGUUUCGUAAUGUUUUAGUGGUUGGGGCUGAUUCUCUUUCUCGAUUUACUGAUUGGACGGAUAGAGGAACCUGCAUUCUUUUUGGGGAUGCUGCUGGUGCUGUAUUAUUGCAGGCCUGUGACAUUGAGGAGGAUGGUUUAUUUAGUUUUGACUUGCAUAGUGAUGGUGGAGGCCAAAGACAUCUAAAUGCUGGCAUCAAAAGAAAUGACAUUGAUGAUGUAUUGGGAUCUAAUGGAUCUGUGUUAGGCUUCCCCCCGAAGCAGUCAUCUUAUUCAUGCAUUCAUAUGAAUGGCAAAGAAGUCUUCCGUUUUGCCGUGCGAGUUGUGCCACAGACAAUUGAGUCUUCCCUUCAAAAGGCUGGUCUAAACAUGUCCAGCAUUGAUUGGUUACUGCUUCAUCAGGCAAACCAAAGGAUCCUAGAUGCAGUUGCAACACGUUUAGAAGUCCCAUCAGAACGAGUUAUAUCAAAUUUAGCGAAUUAUGGUAACACAAGUGCUGCAUCAAUACCAUUGGCGUUGGAUGAAGCUGUUCGAAGCGGGAAGGUGAAGUCAGGCCAUACUAUCGUGGCAGCAGGUUUUGGUGCUGGUCUAACUUGGGGCUCUGUUAUUCUUAGAUGGGGAUGAAAAGUUACUUGAACAUGAAAAUCACAGAGGAGAAAAGUUGUUCCGCGGGCAGUUGGUGUUUCUCAUUACAUAUGUCCUGCAAAUGACUGAGGAGGUCGCCAACGCAUAAUCUCCAUUAGCUCUUUUUUGUUUGUUUGGAUUUUUUACUUCAAAGUUGUGGCGCUCCUAAUAAACUUAAAUUAUUUAUCUUCAAAGUCAUAAACAUGUAUUGUUAUAACUUACGAAUUAAGAUACAAUACAAGUACUGUGUUUCCUCA